AUUUCGGCCCACAGAAAUCAGCGAUGUCCGUGGAAGCUCACGGCACAAUUCCUGAUUUGAUCAGUAGCAGCGUUUCAUUCGACUUAGAUACUGGAGAUGUUGGAGGAACCAAAUUCUACACAAGUGGAAUGAUAUAUCCACUUGUACCACAUAAAUCCUUCCUGAGAAAUGCAGUGGCACAAAUCAGUAAUGUGAUGAGGAUUAAAGCAUCAAGGAAAAUUUUACUUGUGCUUGGACUGAAUGUGCUGGGAUCUUUGCUACUGUUGAUAUGGUGUCAUGGAUCCGACAGUAUGGCUCUAACUGCCUACACAUAUCUCACCCUGUAUGACAUAUUCACGGUUUUAAUCUGUCUUUUGAGCAUUUGGGUCCAGAUGCAGAAACCAAAUCCAGCAUACUCUUUUGGGUAUGAAAGAUUUGAGGUGCUAGCAGUAUUUGCCUCUACGAUGUUAGCCCAACUUGGAGCCCUGUUUGUUAUCAAAGAAAGCAUAGAAAGAUUGAUCCAACAGCCAGAUAUUCACACUGGACGGCUUUUGGUGGGAACUGUGUUCGCAUUCUCGCUGCACAUGUUUGUAGCUUACAGUGUGAACAACCGUGCAAUGAAUCAUGUCAUCGAUGCUUCAAGUUCUAGUUGGCUUCAGGAACAUAUGACUGACAUGAGUGAAAGCCUGUGUCAUGUUGUCCCUGGUCUCAGUAAGCUGCUGUUGCCCAGGAUCAAUCCGCUUGCUCUCAUCGGCUUCACAGGGGGCCUGGCAAUUUGUUUAACUUACAUCCUUAUAGACACCAAAUUGUACUACUCUGCUGACACGUGGGCUGCCAUAUCUAUUGCUGUCAUGAUCUGUGGCACUAUGUUUCCUAUGAGUGCUUACACUGGCAAAAUACUUCUACAGACAUCUCCUGCACACAUUCUUGGUCAGCUGGACAAACUUCUUCGGGAGGCUUCCACUUUGGAUGGUGUGUUGGAGUUCAGACAUGAACACUUUUGGACUCUUUCCUUUGGCUGUCUAGCUGGAUCAGUACAAGUACGUGUCCGUCGUGAUGCUGAUGAACAGAUGGUGCUUGCUCAUGUAUAUAACCGGCUUUCAAACCUAGUGAAUCACCUAACUGUCCAAAUAUUUAAAGACGAUUGGACACGGUCAAGUUACAGCUUGUUAGGCAAUCAAGGAUUCCCUUCAAAUUUCUCGACCAUUGGACAAUCAGGGGGUCCAUCCCCAACUGAUGAUGCAUUUCACGUUUCUGGGAAGUUGUCUUCCUCUCCAUUGGCUGCUUCACCAUUUGACAUAACAAAUCAUGAUUAUGGUCACUCUCAUGAUAACAGUGGUCACUCUUACAGCAAUUUUCAUAACUCAAGUUUUUCAACAACUCCCAUCAGAGGAUCUAACAUUGCAUCAUCCAGUGGACAGUUCUCCAUAAAUACAGCAAUCUAUGGUUCUCACCAUACUCAUCAUUGAACAAUUGACAGCAUUUAGUUACAUCAAUUGAACAUGGAUAACCCCAAAUAAAAGGAGGGUAUACAUACAAAAAGCACCAUGUUGUCUGUUGGUCUACAGCUGUCCAAAAAGUUUUGUUCACUACAUAACCUUAGCCGUGGUGUGCCUUUUAAAACGCCCUAAGUCAUGAUAUCAGAAUCGUAGUGUGCUGGGUUGAAGGACUAAUGCAGAGGUCACAGGGGUCAAAUGUGUCAAAUCUUUCAAUGACUAAAAGACUUUAUGGAAUGAUAGCGGGUCAGUAGGAUACAGCGAUUAAAAAAUAAAUAAAUUUCAUCAAAUGGAUGACAUUUCAGGGUCGUAGAGUUUAGAUGUGUUAAUAUUUUUGAGCAACUUCUAGAAAAUCACAAAGCCCGAUAUUGAUUCAGUAGCAAGCUGGCAUGAAGAGCAACUAAUUUGCUCAAUUCUACAACUUCUUUUAUUCACUUCGUAGUCACAGAGAACAAAUAUAUUGAUAUCUUAUAACAUAUUCUCAAUCACUAAGUGGCCAAGAUAAGUUAUGUUUGGCCUGCACAAUGCAGGGACGAAGGGCUACCAAA